AUGACCACCACUACCAUCGCCGAUUCUACCGACCCGCGCACUACUCCCGUUACGACUCCCGCUACCGCUGUCGCUUCCACUCCCACUCCCACUAUCACCACCACCACCACUAAUCCCACCACCGCUAGUACCAUAAGCAGCGCCGUCAACACCAAUUCCAGCUUACCAUCAUCUCCCACCAUUUCGGAGGGCACUAGUUCCAGCAACUUCUCUCCGCCGACUCCUGCACCCAUUGAUAAUCCUCGUCCUCUCCUCUCCAAUGGCAUGGCCAUUCCCAAUCGCAAGGCCACGGUGGGAGAGAGUAUCUUGCGCCAAUAUGCCCAAAAUUUAGAUCCCUUGCAUACCGAUGAGCACACCCAUACCGUUCACGAUGUCACCGAUUCACAAGCCGACGCUCCGGUUGACGAUGGCCUGCUGACUUCGACCAACGACCACGGCAUCACUCCUUUCAGCAACCCUCUGAUCGAUCCUUUGCGCAGUUCUUAUAUCGCACACCAUCCGACAGUCCCCCGACCCAAACCAUUGCAAUUACCGAAGCCUGCCCUUUCUCAUCGCAAGAAUGCAAGAUCAAUAGACAUUCCUAGACAGACUAUACUCAAGGCAUUGGCUUCGCGAAGAUCCAGUAUGGAUCCAACCGCUGGUGCCAUGAACCCCAGCGCUUUCAAUACGCUUGCUGGUGCAGAGGAAGGAUCAGAACAGCAGAACAGCCUCUCUCCUUUGUCGUGUCCUACAGCAACCUUCUCGGCCUUACAACCCAGUGCGCUUUCCGAACAGUCUCCGAUGGCGACCAGUUUCCUUCGCUCGCCUUGCUUUUUCCACCAGCGGUUUGAGGGUGUGGUUGAUCUCCAGAAGGUACUCGAGGAGAUCGCGUCUGAUGACUAUUCGCAUUCGAGACUGAUGCAGACCGCUACUGGCGUUCGGGAAGUCUCGAAGCAAUUACAGCGCAAACCACUCAAGCGUGCGGUGCGAAACGUUAUGAUCGUGACCAAGGCCCGCGACAAUAGUUUGGUCUACUUGACGCGCGAACUCGCUGAAUGGCUACUCUCCACACCUCGCUAUGGUAGUGAUCUAGGCGUGAAUGUCUAUGUCGAUGCCAAGUUGCGGCAUUCGAAACGGUUUGAUGCUGCAGGGCUCCUUAGAAAGGAGCCCCGGUUCCAGCAUAUGCUCAAAUACUGGACGCCCGACUUAUGUUGGUCCUCGCCGGAGAAGUUCGACCUUGUCCUGACUCUAGGAGGCGACGGUACGGUGUUGUUCACAUCCUGGCUGUUUCAAAGGGUGGUGCCGCCCGUGCUCUCCUUUUCUCUCGGCAGUCUGGGCUUCUUGACGAAUUUUGAGUUUGACAAAUACAAGGAGCAUCUGGAUCGAGUCAUGGGUGACGCUGGAAUGCGCGUCAACCUCCGCAUGCGUUUUACAUGCACGGUUUGGAGAAUGGACCGCUCUCCUGGUGCAGCUAAAGGCGCAGUGGAGGAGGGCGAACAGUUUGAAGUGCUCAAUGAGCUCGUCAUUGAUCGUGGGCCUUCAGCAUACGUUUCCAAUUUAGAGCUUUAUGGUGAUGAUGAGCUCCUCACAAUCGUUCAGGCCGAUGGAUGUAUCUUCUCCACACCCACAGGAUCUACGGCCUACUCCCUUUCUGCUGGCGGGUCUUUGAUCCACCCGUCAAUCCCGGCGAUCUUGCUAACACCCAUCUGCCCGCAUACCCUCUCUUUCCGACCUAUGGUGUUGUCCGACACCCUCGCCCUGCGGAUCGCCGUGCCUCACAAGUCUCGAUCUUCCGCUUACUGCUCCUUUGACGGAAAAGGUCGCAUCGAGCUUAAGCAAGGAGAUUAUGUGACGCUGGAAGCAUCCCAAUAUCCAUUCCCUACCGUUAUGACCGGUACCAACGAGUGGGUCGAAAGCGUACAAAGGGCUUUGAGGUGGAAUGUCAGAGGAGCUGUCCAGAAGGGCUGGGAUGGCGGCGAUGAUGACGACAGCGACCAUGUGGAAGAAAAAUGGGACAUUGACAUGGAUGCAGGUCCUUUUGGGGGCACUGACAGUGGCAUCGGUCCUAGUGAGGACGGUGACCAUGUGGCAAGCCCUAUGAGGCCGCAGCUAAGUAUGCUGAAUAUGUGA